AUGACCAAAUGCGAAACCGUCGGCCAGCGAUAUGCCCGAGCCAAAGCAGUAGUUAAUGCGUGGGCUGAAACGGAGCGGGACACCGCAGCAAGCUUCCUUAUGUACCAAAGUGGGCUGAACCUCAGUCGAUCAGUCGAUUCCAAACCACCACACAAUCCCAACCAUGCUGUCGAGGUUAACCCAGCAAAGGACGGGCGCCCAAGCAGUCCUACUGCGGAGGAGGAUAGCCUCGAACAAACCACCUUCCGCUGGUCGCGCACACUGCCGCUCUUUGCGGCGGCGCUCAUCAUCGCCUCCAUUUCCAUCUUCAACUACCAGAAGCUCUCCAGCCCCGUGGUGGGCGCCACGCUGUACGCGCUGCGGACCUCGGAGAAGGCGCGCGCCCACCUGGGCGACGAGAUCUACUUUGCGCAGCAGAUCCCCUGGAUCUCGGGCGAGAUGAACCAGCUGCACGGCCGCAUCGACAUCACCUUCCGCGUCAAGGGCACCCGCGGCGGCGGGGUCAUGCGCUUCACCAGCUUCCGGCCGUCGCCGAGGGGGAUGUUUGAGACGACCGAGUGGAGUCUGGAGACGGAUGACGGGGUGGUGAUUGAUUUGUUGGAGGAUGGGGAUCCGUUUAAGGCGAUCACGGGUGCGGAGGGCCCGAUCGAGAUGGUGGAUUUGGAAGAGGAGGAGUCAAGUGCCGCGGCGACGAGGGGGUUUAGGAAGAUGAACAAGUAG